CUUUAGGCAGUAAACAUAACCUUUAAAUGUUGUCGCACACGAGGUUUUGCUGCUGAUUAGUGUCAAGUGUAAUGAUCGAAGAGUGACAAAUUAAUGUGGGAAAAAUGAGUGACUCUGAGAGGGAAGACGAGCCGAAGACGACGGAGCCAGUAGACAAUGCAUGGUCGUUGAAAAUCCCAUCUUUCAAGCAGUCUGACAAUCCCCAUCGUCUGUUGGAAGAGAGUUCGUUUGCUACUUUAUUCCCAAAGUACAGAGAGAAGUACCUAAAAGAACAUUGGCCCUUGGUACAGAGAGCUUUAGAUAAGCAUGCUGUCAAAGCGGAAUUGGAUCUCAUAGAAGGUAGCAUGACAGUGAAAACCACCAGGAAGACAUGGGAUCCGUUCAUCAUUGUGAAGGCACGUGACAUGAUCAAGCUUAUGUCUAGAUCUGUCCCAUUCGAGCAAGCAGUAAGAGUACUACAGGAUGAUGUAGGUUCAGAUAUUAUUAAGAUAUCCUCCUUUGUAAGGAAUAGAGAGAAAUUUGUCAAGAGACGUCAGAGGCUUAUUGGCCCUAAUGGAUGCACCUUGAAAUCUAUAGAGUUACUGACCGAUUGUUACGUAUUAGUACAAGGACAGACAGUGGCUGCAUUAGGUCCUUACAAAGGUCUCCAGCAAGUUAGGCGAAUAAUAGAGGACACCAUGAAGAAUGUUCAUCCAAUUUAUAACAUCAAAGCUUUAAUGAUCAAAAGGGAACUGGCCAAGGAUCCAAAGCUGAAGAACGAGAACUGGGAAAGGUUCCUUCCAAAGUUCAGCAGCAAGAAUGUCAGCAAACGCAAGCAGCCUAAGAAGAAGAAGGAGAAGAAACCUUACACUCCAUUCCCACCGCCGCAGCAGGAAAGCAAGGUGGACAAGAUGAUAGCUUCCGGAGAGUACUUCUUGAAGGAGGAACAGAAGCAGGCUAAGAGGAAGAAGGAAAGAGACGCCAAACACGAGGAGGCCGAGAAGAAGAGGCAAGAGAGGAGAGCACAGGCAUUUGUACCUCCAGAGGAGAAGCCUAGCGAAAGGAAAAAGCAGAAAACUGAUAUAAACAUAGAAGAAUUUAAGAAUAAAGUAAAGAAAGGAUUGAAAAAGCGCAGUGCUGCAACAUAGCAACUGCACAUGGACCUAAAAGACUCACAUUUCGAGAGUAACUUCUCCUGACUAAGUUCUUUGUACAGAAUGUUUUUAAUAAAAUAAGAUACUCGUUGAUUCCUA